AUGACAACCGGGGAUCUUCUCACCAAGUUGCGUAUCGCAAUCAAAGAACCUCACACUUCCAUCCACAAACUCAACCUCUCUCGGAUUCCUCUGUGUCUGCCACCGUAUACCACAGAUCCGGGCCUCUACGCCGUCGGCCUCGCGCAAUAUGCAGAGCUCUUUUACGUGAUCGAGUCCGCUUGGAUCUCGCUGAUUGGAGAUCCCAUGGACUGGAUGUACCAAGAUCCCCCAGCAGAUAUUCACAGCAACAGUAACAAAAACUGCCCAUCCAGUUGUGAUUUGGACAAGGACGGAGAAGACCUGUCCAAUUCCGCAAACCUCACAUCGCACUCUACUAGAUGUAGCCAUGUGAGGCACAAUAACGACGAUCACCACCACCACCAUCAUCAUAUCACGCGCAUCCAAAAUGUUCUUCGCGCCAUGUACAUGCCGGAACUGAUGCGCAGUCGAGCCCUUGGAGAUGAUCUGCGCUUCAUUCAGGCGCUCGGUACUACCACACUUCAGCCUGCCUCUUCUCUUCCUUGUCGAGAUUCACCACCAGAGUCGCUCCAAGACCGUCAAUGUGACCAAGACCAUGACCAUGACCAUGACCACGACCACAACCACGAUCACGACCAUCCUCACGCUCCAUCCCACAGCCCCCGAGAACUCAUCUCCAUCAUCCAGCAUCGAAUCCAAGCCCACCCCCACCUCCUUAUCGCCUACAUCUGGAUCCUCUACUCUGCCCUCCUCUACGGUGGCCGCGACAUCCGCACCCUCUUGCUCAAAGCAGGCCCUGACUUUUGGGGUCUCUCCACCGCGGAACUACCAUCUCCCCCAUUUGGAUCCACCAGUAAAAAGAGACAAAUCCCCUGUCCAUUGUCCUUCUGGCAGAUCGGUGGGGUGGACGAUGACGGGGCCGAGAUCAAGAGCCGAUUCCGAAGUCGAAUGGUGGAGGUCGAGAGGGCCUUGAGUCCGACCGAACAGGAGGAGAUUCUACAUGAAGCGGUGGGGAUUUUUGGCAUGAUGGAGGAUAUCACGAGGGGGUUGGAUGAGCAGGUGCAGCUUGGAUCUUUAUGA